CUGGGAAAGGUAUAAAGGUCCCAGCAGCAACAGGACCUCUGACAGACUGAGGAGUGUCCCAGUUUCUCUCUGCUGUGCACAGUAAAACAUCACCUUGACCAUGAAGGCAACUGGUGUUUUCCUGCUCCUCUCUCUGGCACUCUUCUGCUACCAAGGAAAUGCUGAGGCGGAUGGAGCUGUUGGAAGAGGAACAGAGCCAGCCUGUGGCAAUUUCAACCUGAACAGAGGUUGUACAAGGAUCUUUGAACCCGUCUGUGGCACGGAUGACGUCCUGUACAGCAACGAGUGUCUGUUGUGCCUUCAGAACAUGCAAAGAGGCACUAAUGUGCGCAUAAAGAACAGAGGAAAGUGCCUGAAGCCAUCUCCACGAUCUGCUAACUAA